AUGUCUACAUUAUAUAUUCUUUGCCGCGUCUUUACUUAUUUUUUCUGUCUAUCUAUCUAUCUAUCUAUCUAUCUAUCUAUCUAUCUAUCUAUCUAUCUAGCCAGUUCAUUAGCAGUUUUUAUUUUUUACCUGAACUUUUUCUUUCUUUCUUUCUUUCUUUCUUUCUUUCUUUCUUUCUUUCUUUCUUUCUUUCUUCCCAAGAUUUGUUUUUGUAAUGUAGUUCUGUUCAUCUUUCUUUAUCAUCCAUCAUCGAUUGUCUGUUUCCUAAUAUUUUUUUACUGUAUCUUUUUUUCGUUCCAUGUUGUUAUGUUUUUCUUUCUUUCUUUCUUUCUUUCUUUCUUUCUUUCUUUCUUUCUUUCUGAAACCGUUUUUUAUUCUCUUCACACACCAGUAUUUCAUUCUCUUUCUCAUUCGCUUUCCUUCCCUGAUGCUUUUUGUUUUUCCAAACCUAAACGUGUUAAUGAUUUUGACCACCGAAGUGAAAUCCAAUGGAAAUUUGAGAACAAUUCUCCGGACAUAAACUGUUUGUUUUCAAACCUUUUGCCUCCGAAUAUUAAAGGAUUCCUGUUUCUGUCCACUUGUAUCUCGUUUCUAGCACCUUUCUUUCCGUAUGCUGCAAUCAAUACGUUUCCAAAAGACUGUACUUCUACUGAUGCGAUAUUUUUUCAGAGUUAA